AUGGAGCUGCCGCUGCGCCGGCGGCAGCUGACGCGCGACUGCGUUCGAUGCAUUUUCCUCCUGGGCGUCGCUUCCACGGCAUGGAUCGGACCAGUUGGGCUGACUCCAAAAGUCCGCCAGGGCGCGGCCAGCCCUGCACGCACUGCCCGGGCGAGGAUGAGGGCGCAGACCUUCGGCACCCAGCAGUAUUGGGAGGAGUUCUACUCCAGUGAUGCAGCUGACGCGGAAGAGUUCGAGUGGUUCUGUGGCUACGAGGACCUGCGCCCAUUCUUCCGUCAUUUUGCCGACUCCCUGAUCUCCAGGACUCAGCAGACGCGGCUUCUUGUGGCGGGUUGUGGGAACUCGAGGCUGACUUUCGAUGUGUAUGAUGACGUGGUGGCUGACGAGGGCCUUCCUGUCGACAUCUGGAAUGUGGAUUACGCCGAGGCGGCGCUAGAUCGCCUUCGCGGCAUCGCCGAUGGGAGGGCCAUGAACUGGGCUGUCGCCGACUUGACAAAUCUCUCGGAGCAGGACUUUCCGACUGCCAGCUUCGACAUCGUCCUGGACAAAGGCACCAUGGACGCGCUGUUUUGUGCAGGCUCGGAUGCAGUUGCCGCUGCCACGCGCGAGAUGCACAGGAUUCUUCGACCAGGUGGACGCAUGAUCAUGGUCUCCGGCGUGCCGCCAGCCAAGGACGUCCUGAGCGCUUUCGCAGAUGGUUGGGAUGUGCUGGCUGAUGGCUCGCCCUUCAUCAUGGACGAUGGUGAGGCCACGAUCAACCUGCGCGCGCACUUCUACGUCUUCCAGCGGCCGGGAUAA